AUGGCUCGUUUCUGUCUGCUCGGAGUGCUCAUUGCUUUUUACAUGCUGGCUGGUGCUGCCGUAUUUUCAUUUUUGGAGAGGCCAGCAGAGCUGCAGGCCCACCAGCUCUGGGAAAGGAGGCUAAGGAGCUUUAGUCAUGAGCACAACGUUACUUGUGAGGACCUAAAAUCUCUGUUGCGUCAUUUUGAGGAGGCCAGGACCGCAGGCAUUCGGACAGAACAAGGCAGGGCCCAGUGGGACCUCCCAGGUGCUUUCUACUUUGUGGGAACUGUAGUCUCUACCAUUGGAUUCGGAGUGACAGCACCAUCCACCACAACGGGAAAGGCGCUGCUUGUUUUCUAUGGGUUGCUGGGCUGCUCGGCUACAGUCCUCUUUCUCAAUCUCUUCCUGGAGAGAAUCAUAACGUUACUCAGUGUCCUGAUAUUCUGGUUCCACGCGAGGCCAAGCAGACACAGUGGACUGGAGGACAAAACCAGUGAAGGUAACAGAAAUGAAGAAUGGAAACCAUCUGUUUACCAAGUCACACUCAUCCUUUUUUUCACUGUUUUGCUCUUUGCAUGUGGCACUGCUUUCUUCUAUUCAGCCAUGGAGGGGUGGACUUACUUGGAGUCCCUCUAUUUCUGCUUUGUAGCCUUCAGCACAGUGGGCUUUGGGGACUUUGUAAGUAGUCAGAGAGAGCACCACGAGGACACGCGGGGGUACCAGGUUGCCAACUGCCUCCUGAUGCUAUUAGGAGUGUGCUGCACAUACUCUCUAUUUAAUGCCAUCUCCGUGAUCAUCAAACAGGGCCUGAACUGGAUCCUGAGGACACUGGACUGGAUGUAUAAUGGCAUCCGACACAAUAGGCUGCAAUUCGGACCAGUGUUCCAACUAUGUUUCUCUGACUCUGAGUCACCAAUAAGUUCUUAUAAAGAUGACACUGUGUAUAGACCGCAAAUGCAAACAGGCCACAUUAUGCUAUGGUGCUCCUGUGGUCCCAGUGCUAUUGGUAAAUGCCUUUGCCGUGAAACUAAAGUGGAAACUAUAUAUCAGGUAAAAAAAGACAAAGGAGAUUCACAAGAUCAAAAACAGAAUCGUUGUUCACACGAAAGAAAUGUGGUCUGGGCGAAUCCACUGCCUAAUUGGCCAAAUUAAUACAUUUAUAAAAAAUGCUGUCAACAGUGUCUAACAGAUGAAGCUAUCUUUAAUUCUCGCUAUUCAAUGUUGGAAUCUUGGGGUGUGUUCUAUAUUUCGGUAACUAAGCAGCAAGAUGCGAUA